AUGCAGGAGGAGGAAAAUCAGGAAGACCCAUGUGGUGAAUCUGUGGAGGAAAAUGAACCCAGGAAGGGGGUUUGUGACUGUUUUUGCAUCCCCGUCCAAUGGUUUAGCAUGCUUUGUAGGGAAAUGCAUUGGAGCUUCGUAUUUGGGGUGGUGGUUAUUUAUGGAAUAAGCCAGGGACUUGGUGGAGCUCUUGCUGAAGUUGGCACUAAGUAUUACAUGAAAGAUGUUCAGAAGGUGCAGCCAUCUGAGGCACAGGUUUAUAAAGGAAUCACAUCCAUUCCUUGGAUUGUUAAGCCUCUGUGGGGUCUUCUGACUGAUGUUCUCCCAUUUUUUGGGUAUCGCAGGAGACCUUAUUUCAUUUUUGCUGGUAUCCUAGGAGUAAUUGCUAUGCUUUUGUUAUCUUUGCAUAAAAACCUGCAUCUAGUGUUGGCCCUUCUGUCAUUAACAGCUGGUAGUGCUGGAGUGGCAAUAGCAGAUGUAACCAUUGAUGCUUGUGUGGCACAGAACAGUAUCUCUCAUCCCUCACUUGCAGCUGACAUGCAAAGUUUAUGUGCCUUCAGCUCUUCUGUUGGAUCACUAUUUGGUUUUUUCAUUAGUGGUAUCUUUGUUCACUUGAUGGGCCCAAUGGGGGUGUUUGGUUUGAUGACUAUCCCAGCUGGACUAGUAAUUUUGGUUGGUUUUCUGCUUUAUGAGCCUCGCAUGCACCACACAUCUUAUACACAGGUCAAACAAAAUUUUGUUGAUGCUGGCAAGGCUAUGUGGACUACAUUGAAGAGCGAAGAUGUAUGGAAGCCUUGUUUAUACAUGUAUUUAUCCAUUACAUUGAGUUUGGAUAUUCGUGAAGGAAUGUUUUAUUGGUAUACAGACUCAAAGGGUGGACCAUCUUUCUCUCAGGAGAGUGUUGGUUUUAUAUUUUCAAUUAGUUCAGUGGGGGCCCUUUUAGGUGCAAUCCUAUAUCAGUAUGCUCUAAAGGAAUAUGCAUUCAGGAACUUGCUCUUCUGGACUCAGUUGAUAUAUGCUUUGUCAGGGAUGCUUGAUUUGGUUUUGGUCUUGAGAUGGAACCUGAAAUUUGGCAUAGCAGAUUAUUUCUUUGUUGUGAUUGUUGAAAGCAUUGCUCAAAUGACCAAUAGGCUAAAGUGGAUGCCUAUGCUUGUGCUUAGCUCAAAGCUGUGUCCCUCAGGCAUUGAAGGCACCUUCUUUGCUCUCCUAAUGUCAAUUGAUAAUGUUGGACUUCUCUCAGCAUCAUGGGGUGGUGGCUUUGUUCUCCACAUUCUAAGGAUCACAAGAACAAGGUUUGACAAUAUUUGGUUGGCUAUUUUGAUCAGGAACAUCUUAAGGAUCACUCCACUUUGGCUGCUGUUUUUGGUUCCUAGAGCUGACCCCAACUCCUCCAUUAUUCCAACAAGUGAAAUCAUGGAUUCCAAGGUGGCUAUUGACACUCAAGACACCAAAAAUGUUGAAUUGAUGUCCCUUGUACACAGUGUUGAUGGUAAAUAG